AACAAAAUUGCAAAAACACAAACUAGCAGCUAAGAUUAGUUAUACUUGAUCGGUAACGACGGAAAACUAAAGAGAAACCCGGCAAUUGGUGGGGGUUGACCUCAUCACUACCGUUAGUAGCCAUUUGUAAAAUCAAUUAAAGCUACCGAAGGUGUUGGGCUUACAUCGUCAGAUGUUAAUCGUAGUCUUGGCUUCGCAGCAGUGGGAAAUCGCAAUUGAAGGUUAUGGAUUUUACUGUCGGAAAUUGCAGUCAAACACUCUUCAACUGUCGAAGUUGAACUCAACUUGAGCUCGAUGCAGCUGGAACUUGGAUGAGUCAAGAACGAAGAAGCUUUAGGAUUUGAAAGUAUAUACGAUUUUUAUUUCUUUUUAUCCGCAAAGCCUCUUGGGUCUCUGUCGGACUAAUCCAACUGACUGGUUCAAUCCGGUUUUUUAAAUCAUGGACAUGGUUAUUGAAUUAUUAUUUUGGAGUAAGGACGGGAGUGUAAUAUGUGCUACAAACAUGGAACAAAAUUUUUGAUGAUUGCGGCCUUGGAUAUAGAAGCAUUUUACUUCUUUAUUCUGUGACAGCUGACAUUCUUAGCCCAGCUUCGUUGCCACAAACAACCCUUUGUCUCUUCCUUGGAAUUACAGUUCGAAGAGAAGCAUACUGAAUCAAGCAAUCUCUUUCCUCUUUCCCAAGAAAAAGGAGAUCUAGAAGUAGCAUUAUUUCUAUUAUAACGAAGUUCAAAGUCGUACACUUACCAAAAUAAGAUUUGAGACAUAACUCUCCAUCUUCCUUGAGAUAGUUUCAUGAGCAUAAAUUCUCACUUUGCUGAGACGCCAUUGUUGAUACUUGAGAGUCUUGGUUAAGAAACCUUCUGUCUAUAAAUCUUCAUGUGAAACUAAUUGAAACUCCAUCACCAUUCCAGCAAUUUUUCUGUAACAAAGGCCGAAGGCAAUGCAUGCUGUCAAUUGCUGCUUCUUUUUCAAGAGAAUUUUCAGGAUCAAGGCGGCUGAACCUCCCAAUGAAGUCAAAGAAAUUUUUGACAAAUACGCUUCAGAACAAGGCACCAUGACCGUUGAUGAUCUGCACAAAUUUAUGGUUGAAUUUCAGGGGGAGACUGACACCACAAAAGACCGUGCCCAAGAAGUCUUCAAUAGUGUCAGGCACCUUAACAUCUUCCAUCGCAGAGGCCUCCAUCUUCAAGCCUUUUUUCGUUAUCUCUUAGGCGACCAUAAUCUUCCUCUUCCUUCCCAGGUGCACAAUGACAUGGAUUCUCCGUUGGCGCAUUACUUUUUAUUCACAGGACAUAACUCUUACUUAACUGGAAAUCAACUCAGCAGUGAUAGCAGUGUUGAGCCAAUCAUAAAGGCUCUGAAUAAGGGUGUACGAGUGAUUGAAUUGGAUCUCUGGCCGAAUACCGAGAAGAAUGAUGUCAAAGUUUGCCAUGGAGGGACAUUGACUGCUCCAGUGGACCUUAUCAAAUGUUUGCGAGCUAUUAAGGAUCAUGCAUUCGAUGCUUCUGAAUAUCCUGUUGUUAUAACUUUUGAAGAUCACCUUACAGCAGAUCUUCAAGCUUCAGUCGCGAAGAUGGUGACUAACACAUUCGGGAAUAUGCUGUAUUACCCUGAUUAUGAAGAUGAAUUUCCUUCACCACAUUUUCUGAAGAAAAAAAUUCUGAUUUCAACCAAACCACCAAAAGAGUACCUUGAAGUUCAGGAUGGUAAAGGAAAUUUGCAGAGGUCGAGAACGGAAUCAAUGAAAGGAACUCCACAGAUGGAGAAGACAUAUUCUAAAAGUUUAUCCGAUGAUGCAAAAGAUAAGCAGGAUCAGGUUGAUGAGGCAGAAUUCAUUGAGGAAGAAGAUGAGGAAAAAGCAGCCCCUCAAUAUAGAAACUUGAUUGCAAUUCAUGCAACAAAACUGAAAGGUGGAUUAGAGAGCUGGCAAGGCCUUAAACUGAGCAAAGUUAAACGUCUUAGCAUGAGUGAGCAACAGCUUGAAAAUGCUGUAAAGACACACGGAAAGGAAAUUAUCAAAUUCACUCAGAAGAACAUAUUGAGGGUAUAUCCGAAGGGCACACGCAUUUUCUCAUCUAAUUACAAUCCUUUUGUGGGAUGGGCACAUGGAGCUCAGAUGGUUGCAUUUAAUAUGCAGGGAACUGGGAAACAUCUUUGGAUAAUGCAAGGAAUGUUCAGAGCCAAUGGGGGCUGCGGUUAUGUAAAAAAGCCUAACUUUUUGUUGAAGCCUAAUCCAAAGCAUGAUUUUUUCAAUCCCAGUGAGCCUUUACAACCCCAGAAAAUUCUUAAGGUUAAAAUCUACCAGGGAGAGGGUUGGCAUUUGGAUUUUCCCCCCCAAGCCUUCGACCGAUAUUCUCCACCAGACUUCUUCAUAAAAGUUUCCAUGGCUGGGGUGCCAGCCGAUGAACUCAAACAUAAAACAAGAAGAGUUACAGAUGAGUGGGUACCAUCAUGGAACGAGGAGUUCGAAUUCCCACUAACUGUUCCGGAUUUAGCUGUGCUUCGACUUCAGGUGUAUGAUUACGACACUUCUGGGCAAAAUGACUUUGCAGGGCAAACAUGUCUGCCUGUAUCAGAAUUGAAAACUGGGAUCAGAGCAGUUCCAUUGCAUGAUAAAAAAGGGACUCCGUACAAAUAUACUAGGCUUCUUGUGCAAUUUGACUUCGAAAAUUAAUCUCAUAAAAUCGCUUUUUUUUCUAUCAUACUGAAUUUUCAACAUUGAUGCUGAUGUACGAUCUGAUGUAAUGAAAAUAAAUAUUGCUUCACU